AUGUCGAAAGCAACGAGUCUCAACGGCAGUGAGAGCGAGUUUGAGUUCAUCGAGACUCCCAAGGCCGCUCCUUCUUCAUUCGAGAAGGAAGAGGAUUGCGGCGUCCGCACGACCAAGAAUGCACCCCUUCCCGCCGAUGGCCCCGGCUCCGACUCGUUCAGCAACACCAUUCUCAUAACUAUCCUACUCGGAGCACCGUACUAUUUGAAAUGGAAGGUUGGCGGCGGGCUCAAGACUUUCAUAUUCUUCGCUCUGCUCGUCGACUUGCCUCUUCUGGCCGCUUGGUGGCUCGUCAUUUCUACCAUUAGUCCUCGCCGCAAUGAGAAGGCUAAGCUCCCCGGUCGGCCGGUCGAAUUUUAUCUCGACUUCAAGAAAGAGGCUGAUCGUGCCAAGUACCGUGGAUCAAACAAGAUCCCCAUGGAGACUUUUCAUGAAAUGUACUUUGACGGAGAUGUCGAUUUCAAGGGCGACUGUCUGGAGAUUAUGGAGUACCGCCAUGACUGGUCCAGCUUCCGAUUCACCAUUAGUCUGAUCAAAUUCUUUCUGCUUGGCAUGCUUCCCGAGCUCAUCAUGCACACCCGCUCUCAAGACGAAGAGCAAGUCCGUGACCACUACGACCGUGGUGACGAUUUCUACGGCUGGUUCCUCGGCCCUCGCAUGAUCUACACCUCUGGCAUCAUUUCUGACAUUGAGAGGGAAGAGACCCUGGAAGAGCUUCAGGACAACAAGCUCGCCGUUGUGUGCGAGAAAAUCGGCCUUCAGUCUGGUGAGAGAAUGUUGGACAUCGGGUGCGGCUGGGGCACCCUCGCGCGUUUUGCCAGUGAAAACUAUGGUGCCCAAGUUACCGGCAUAACUCUUGGCCGCAACCAGACUUCCUGGGGCAAUAGCGCCAUGCGCAAGGUUGGCGUCCCUGAGGAACAGAGCAAGAUUCUGUGCAUGGAUUACCGUGACAUCCCCGUCCCCGAAGGGGGUUACAACAAGAUCACUUGUCUUGAGAUGGCUGAACAUGUUGGUGUCCGCCACUUCUCCAGCUUUUUAAGCCAGGUUUACGAUAUGCUCGACGAUGACGGUGUAUUCUUCCUGCAGAUUGCUGGCCUACGAAAGCCCUGGCAGUAUGAGGAUCUCAUCUGGGGUCUGUUCAUGAACAAAUACGUCUUUCCUGGUGCUGAUGCGUCGACUCCGCUGGGUUGGGUUGUCGAAAAGCUCGAGGGCUCUGGAUUCGAGGUCAAGGGGAUAGACACCAUCGGUGUUCACUACUCUGCGACGCUUUGGAGAUGGUACCGCAACUGGAUGGCCAACCGCGAAAAGGUUGAGGCCAAGUACGGCAAGCGCUGGUUCCGUAUUUGGGAGUACUUCCUUGCUUACUCUACGAUUGCUUCGCGACAAGGCACUGCGACCUGCUUUCAGAUCACUCUGGUCAAGAACAUCAAUUCCACCCACCGAGUUGAAGGAAUCAAGUCUCAGUUUGCCUUGUCCGGCGGCCUCAAAAGCUUCAAGGGUGACCUCAAGGCCUGGGCUACCAAGAAUAACGUCGCCUCAUCGACAGACUUUCAUUCCUAA